AUGUCUUCAUUUGUGACAGCAGAAUGUCCGAUAUGUGAAGAGCCAUUAGGCAAGAACGACGAAGUAGUGAUAACGGAAUGUGGUCAUACAUUUCAUCGUGCUUGUGCUCAAGAGCGUGUCAAUAAGAAAAAGAAAACCGAUUGUCGUGUUUGUCAGAAGGAAUCAGCUCUUGCCAAUGCACUUUAUCAAAAUCAAACGACAACAAUACAGAAAACUACAGGACAAAGUUCAUAUUCAAUUGAAACUGAAGAAAAUGCUCCUAAUGAUUAA